ACCCACACACACACACUCACUAGUCCUCUACCAGCACUCGCGCAGUCACCACCUGUUGCUCUACCCCUGCAGGUUCCCCUCCCCCUUCAGUGCCUUCGUCAUGAGGAUCCUAGCAGGACUACUGGUGUGCCUGGCCCUUGUGGCAGCCAUUCCCGAACCCCAGGGCAGCUUGUUCCGAGCCUCGGCCUCCCAGGGCCGCAAGAUCGGCGGGAGACUCUCAACCAGCAACCGUCGGGACAACACUUUUGGUGAGGAGAAGCCGGCUAGGAGCCGACCCCAGGCCAACACUCCAGCACCUGCUGCGCCCGUCACUCAGGCACCCAAGGUGGUUCUUCCCAGCGCUUCCUGCAGCGAGAAUGUGUGCGCUCCCGGGUACAGCAAGUUCCUGAACCAGUGCUACAAGGUGAUCAAGACUGAUGCUCCCAUCGACUUCACCACAGCACAGAGGAAUUGUCAGGGUGACGGUGCAGUGCUGGCCACGGACAAGACACCGCAGGUACAUAACUACCUGAAGGAGCUACUGAAGCCUCACCUCUCUGAGACUAUCGACUCCCAGUACAGAAGAGCAUUCCUGGGCCUUGUUUGUCAGAGCGGCUGUGACUCUCCAGCCAAUUGGCUGUACGCUGACGGCAGCAAGUGUGAGGGCAACAACUUCUGUGAUUGGCUGACGGUUGGAUCAACCAACGAGUGGAACGCUCUACCCACCAGCCUGUAUGGUGCCUCCAUCGCUGCCAUGCUGGACGACUUCCCUGACACCUCUUACCGCUACAAGUUACAACCAUACCCAGCUGACCACUCUCUCCAGUACAUGGUGUGUCAGAAGGACGCUGACAGCACUGAGCACCUGAAGCCUCGCCAGUUGUCAGUGAACGAGCGACUGUCUAACGUGGUGCUGGAGUGGCAGAGACCAGCCUGUAGCGGAGACAUCUCCUCCUAUAUCCUCGUUCUCCUCGGUGGCUCCGUCUCUUACGACACUGAGAUGAAGUGUACUGAUCAGCGGUGCAGCUUCACACUGAACCCUGAGGACUGCAACUACUGUAUCCACCCCAACACUGACUACACCUUCAGCGUGGCGGCCGUCCUCUCAGACUCUCAGCUAGGUCCAGCCAUCACUAUCAACAAGAAGAUUGAUGUGGAGACGUGCCCCAGCUUCGAGACUCCAUUCCACACAAUCUCAACUUGCCGUGGUGUGUCUGAGGUAGUCCAUGAUGGCUCCUGCGAGAACAAGAUCACCUGGAGCAAAGGUUCCAUGUGCGACGCUGUGUGUGAGAAUGGCUUCGGCUUCUUCGAUGAGCCAGCACCUAAGUACGCCUGUGAUGCUGGCGGUCUGUGGUCUCCCACAGGCAAGGCUCCCGAGUGUUAUGAGAUCGUGCCUGUGUUCUCAGCCAACCUGCAGUUCAAGAUCGCUUACAAGCGCGCAAGCAUCGAGACCCUGCAGCAUCAGUUCGAUGGUCUCGUCUACAAGUACAAUGAUAUCUUCUGUCCCUACCCUGAGGAGUGCGGCAUUGGUGACCUGCAGAUCAAGAGCGCUCUUGACGAUGAGGGCAACAAGAUGAGUGAGGUGAUCGUCACCAUCGACACCCCAGUCUAUAACAUCACCGACCAGUCUGGCUUCAUUGAUCUGGUGCGCGAGGCUGUGCUCACUGUCACUGAGGAUAACGCCUUCAUGACCCUUAUUGAUUACGACAACAUUGCCCUCGUCCUCCCCACGUCUUCUGAAGGCUUCAAGGCCAAGCCUCAACUAUGCUGCCACUCGUGCCCUGAAGGUCAUGCUUACAGGCUCGGCAACUGCGUUCGGUGCCCGAAUAAUGAAUGUGCGUAAGGGAGCCACCAUUCCUUCUAGCUUCACCCCCUACAGUACCUCAACCAAUCGUGUGCUUCUCAGUGCCUUCGUAUAACCAAUCAAUGCUUGUCUCCCAGCACUAGUCCUCUCACUGGUGCCAUGUGUGUUUACACUGGGAGAAGCACUCUGUGUGCUUGGCACUAAGAAGUACUCACCUGUGUGUCUGGCACUGAGAAGCCCACAUCUGUGUGCCUGGCACUGAGAGAAGCACACAUAUCCAUGUGCCUGGCAAAGACAAGUACACAUCUGUGUACUUGGCACAGAGAAGCCAGCGCCUGUGCCUGGCACUGAGAGAAGUCCAUACCUGUGUGCUUAGCACAGAAGCACUAGGCUGUUUCACUACGACAGUGAAACAUUGGUGUACUACCCAACAUUGCAGCUGGUACAUUGCUCCUCCCACCACGACCCUUGACCUGCCAGCUCAAACCUUCUCUGCAAUAAUUAAUAUAAGCAAACCAUAAAUCCCAGUCCAGUGAUAUUACCUUUCAAUACCGGUUAUUUUUAGCUCAAUCCCUUUGGUAAUUUUUAUAGAAUUUUAGAUAUUUAUUUGAUUUGCAAUUAUUGGAGACUUAAAUCAAUCCUAAAUGUAGAAUAUUUUAUAUACAUAUAUAUAUAUAUAGGGUUUAAGUUGCAGAAUUAAGCCAAAAUAAAACCGUCCAUGGUCUAUAUACUGUAACACUUGCUGUUGCAGUUGUUAGGUUGCAUCAGCAAGCUGGAUCACCCCCAGUCACACUUGUCUUAAUGUCUUCUAACUUUUCUCACCAGUUUUGCUUUUUCUUAAUGAUAUUUCAACACUUCACAUUCCAAAGUUUCCCCUGUAUUUCUGUUUGAGUGUACAUUUUAAUGUUCUUCACAUUGUUUUCCAGUAAAUGUGUACUUAUUUUAACCAUGAAUGAUCUGGUGAGUCUUGUCCUCUGUCCUCUGUUUACUGUACAGAGUACUUAAAUGUAAAGUAGAGUACUGUACUCUCACAACUCUGCCCCAUCAAAACGAGUUGCUUCCAGAGUAAUAACGAAAAUUUAAAACAUUAAAAAUAUUGAAAAACAUUUUUAGCACGUCUUGAUAAACAGUCUUAGUAAGUGACCCUCCCCAAUCUUAGUGUCAAAAAUUUCCUUAAGAUUUCUUUUUGUUUUAAGGUGUAGUGCAGACACUGUUGUUAUGGUGUCCCACACAUUGUGUCAAUAUUCGUACUGAGUAGUCAUCUCUCGGUAUUCUAUUAGCAUAAGUUGUUAUUUAAAGAAAAAAAUAGAAUUACAUAUAAAAUUUAGUAGCUGUCUAGAGCAUUCUAUUUCAAAAUGAAUACACAGCUUCAGGAAUAAGAAGUUCAGUGCCUGUUUUGUAGUUGAAAAUAGAUAUCUAAUUCCAGUUAUUUACAAGAAUGGGAAUUGUAUAUUUUCUCUGUUCAAAUGUUAUUCAGUUCACCCUGCUAAGACAGGUUGAAGAGUUGAAUAUUUUAUUGGAUUAAAGAUUAAAUAUGGGAUCCCUUUACGAUGAGAGUUUGUCAGUGACUCAUGCAGUGCAAGGUUCAUCUUGAUAUAAUAAAAUGAACCUUAUUGCAAGAAGAUCGAAGACACUGACUCCCAGAGGAUAUCUUUGUACCCAUACAGACUCAUCUUAAUUUAGUUGUUACGUGUGAAUGUUGACAAUUGUAUAUACCUUGUAUAUUUUACCUAAGAUACAAAUAAAUGUUUCUUUCUAUAUAAA